UUCAGUCGGUAAGGUGGUCGCUCCGCCGGUGCUGUGAGGAUGUCAACAUCAACGGAGGCUGUAGGAAAUUAACCGAUAAAUGCGUGACGACGGGACGCCCUGGAGAAGCUCAGUUGCGGACAAGCAAGGUCACGAUGUGUCAAAAGUCGAUGCUUUGUAGGGAAAAUCAGAGAAAAUAGAUGAUUUGUUGUUAGUUCAGAGGGAGAAUAUUAAGCUUAGAAUAACGCGCAGGAGAUUUUGGAGAACACUGAGACAACUGCUGCUUUGAUUAUCAAACUGAAUGGACUUUUGAAAUACUAUCUGAAAGCAUGACGGCCAGCCUAAGGUCCCGGGAUGUUUCAACUCUUCACGGAACCUGCACAUAGCCCGCGAACCGGCCAUUGACUGACCUUUUACGCACGGGGAAAGAUCCGUUUCCACACAAUUUGUUUUUGUGUUUAUGUGGACAAACUUUCCAACACAUUUUUAAUGAUUCGAGAUCUGAGCAAGAUGUACCCCCCGGCACGGCAUCCGUUCUUCCUCUCUCCCCUCCCCCCCACGCGCCGUUUGGUUGGGGUUGAGGUCCCCCACCAGCCGGGACAGCCGUUAAAGUUCACCGUCACCGAGUCCUGCGACCGGAUCAAGGAGGAGUUCCACUUCCUGCAAGCUCAGUAUCACAGUCUGAAAUUGGAGUGUGAGAAACUGGCCAGUGAGAAAACUGAGAUGCAGAGGCACUAUGUCAUGUAUUACGAAAUGUCGUACGGACUCAACAUUGAGAUGCAUAAACAGGCGGAGAUCGUCAAACGGCUGAACGCAAUCUGCGCCCAAGUCAUCCCCUUCCUCUCUCAAGAGCAUCAGCAGCAGGUGGUGCAGGCGGUGGAGCGGGCCAAGCAGGUCACCAUGGCUGAACUCAACGCCAUCAUAGGACAGCAGCAGCUCCAGGCUCAGCACCUCUCCCACGGCCACGGCAUCCCCGUCCCGCUCACACCCCACCCAGCGGGACUGCAGCCCCCCCUGCCCCCCGGGGCCAGUACUGCCAGCCUGCUGGCUCUGUCCUCGGCCCUGAGCCACCAGCUGCCGCUCAAAGACGAGAGGAAACACCACGACAACAACAACGAACAUCCGAGAGACAGAGACUCGGUUAAGAGCUCAUCUGUGUCGCCUUCGGCCAGUUUUCGAACCCGAGAGAAGCACAGGAGUUCAAGUGAUUACUCCUCGGACAGCAAGAAACAGAAGACAGACGAUAAGGAGCUGGCCUCUACACGCUAUGAGAGUGAUGGAGAGAAGAGCGACGACAACUUGGUGGUGGAUGUCUCCACUGAGGAUCCAACGUCUCCUAGAGGAAGUCCUGCCCACUCGCCUCGGGAGAACGGAUUGGACAAGAGCCGCCUGUUGAAGAAGGAUGCUCCACUGAGUCCGUCCUCCAUCGCCUCCUCCAGCAGCACACCUUCAUCCAAAUCCAAAGAGAUUAAUUUGAAUGAGAAGUCAACAACGCCUGUGUCCAAGUCCAGCACUCCCACAUCCCGCUCUGACGCCCCGACACCCAGCAGCACCUCCACCCCGAGCCUGAGGUCAGCACCCGUUAAACCUCCAGGAGUCGAGACGCUGGCUCCAGGUCUCCGCACGCCGUUGGCAGUGCCCUGCACGUACCCAAGUCCGUUUGGAAUGGUUCCCCACCCGGGUAUGAACGGAGAGCUGAGUGGAGCCGCAGCAGCCUACACCGGCCUGCAUAACAUUUCUCCACAGAUGAGCGCAGUGGCUGCUGCUGCAGUGGCAGCUUAUGGACGCACACAAGUGGUGGGAUUUGAUCCUCACCACCACAUUCGUGUCCCUGGCCUUCCUCCCAACCUGUCAGGCAUUCCUGGUGGAAAACCAGCCUACUCGUUUCAUGUGAGUGCUGAUGGACAAAUGCAGCCUGUGCCUUUUCCCCCGGAUGCGCUGAUCGGCUCCGGCAUCCCGCGCCACGCACGACAGAUCAAUACUCUCAGCCACGGGGAGGUGGUGUGUGCUGUCACCAUCAGUAACCCGACACGUCAUGUCUACACCGGCGGCAAGGGCUGCGUCAAGGUCUGGGACAUCAGUCACCCUGGAAACAAGACCCCUGUGUCCCAGCUGGACUGCCUUAACAGAGAUAACUACAUACGUUCCUGUCGGCUACUUCCGGAUGGGAGGACUCUCAUCGUUGGGGGCGAGGCGAGUACUUUGUCAAUCUGGGAUUUGGCUACACCAACUCCACGAAUCAAGGCUGAACUAACUUCGUCAGCACCUGCGUGCUAUGCUCUGGCCAUCAGCCCCGACUCCAAGGUGUGCUUUUCCUGCUGCUCCGACGGAAACAUAGCCGUGUGGGAUCUUCACAACCAGACUCUGGUUAGGCAGUUUCAGGGCCACACCGACGGAGCCAGCUGUAUAGACAUCUCUAAUGAUGGGACGAAGCUGUGGACUGGAGGACUGGAUAACACCGUGCGCUCCUGGGACCUGAGAGAGGGACGGCAGCUGCAGCAGCACGACUUUACCUCCCAGAUCUUCUCACUGGGAUACUGUCCAACGGGCGAGUGGCUGGCAGUGGGGAUGGAGAACAAUAAUGUGGAGGUCCUACAUGUUACCAAACCUGACAAGUACCAGCUCCACCUGCAUGAAAGCUGCGUGCUCUCACUCAGAUUUGCUCACUGUGGGAAGUGGUUUGUGAGCACAGGAAAAGACAAUCUGCUUAACGCAUGGAGAACCCCGUAUGGAGCCAGCAUAUUCCAGUCAAAGGAGUCGUCCUCAGUGCUGAGCUGCGACAUCUCCAUAGACGAUAAGUACAUUGUGACGGGCUCAGGCGAUAAGAAAGCGACUGUCUACGAGGUCAACUACUAGAAGGGCCAGGCACUCUGCCGUUUCUCCACCACCUAUGUACAAUGUGUAUAAAAUGGAUUUGAAUGGAACUAACCAAACAGACUGAGUGUUUCUUGGACAGUGACCUCUUUGACCUUUUAGCUGGCCGUGGAUCAAAGCGAACAAGCAGCACCAAGCACAAAGAUUUUCUUUUUUUGUCUUACUGAGUGGCUUUUUGUUGUUGUGAGGAUGAGUGAAUGUCCAUGUGCACUGAAUCUGGAGAGGAUGCUGUUGUUACAGCGUCGGCCAGAUCACAUUCCUUUACACUUUUAGGCCUCUUUUUUUACCAACACAUUUGCACGGACAAGUAGCUACAACACGAGCGUUGUUGUACACAUGCUUGCCUUCGUAAUUUGUGUACCUGAAGGCUUAAAAAUAAUUGGGGCAACACUUGAGAGGAUUACUAUUGAGUUAAUGUAAAUAUCACGGGAGAAGUUUCUCUUCAAAACUUCAUGCCAUGUAAUCUGUUCAGAGUCCGCUGCCAACCUUAUUCCACAUCAUGAUAUACUGCCCCCACCACUUAAUUGCAUCUUUCAGGCGUGUAGUGUUCAUUUCUCUAGAUACAGACAACGAACACUCAACAAGUAUCCAAAGCUUUAUUCAGUAACAACUUCCUGUGAAAGUUUGCAUUCAAUUGAACUGUUUUGUGUUUUGAUUGAGCUGCACAGCUUUUUAUUAAUGUCAGCUCUAAAUGCAGUAUUGUCAUUUUUUAUAUUUUGGUUCUAUUCCAUGUUUUCUUGCCUUCAGUCACUGCAUGUUAAUACAUCAUACCAAAUUUGCCUCUCUUUUUUUUUACGUUAGGCUGAUUUAAAAAUAUAUUUUCUUUAACUUUGAACAAGCUGUUUCCCCUUGGAUCUGGAUUUUAUGCCAAGCUAAGCUAACCGGGCUGCUGGCUGUAGCUUAAUAUUUCCCGUUCACACAUGACAGUUCGAUCUUCUCAUUUAACUCUCUGAAAAAAUAAUAACAUUUCCCAAAAUGUCGAACUAUUCCUUCAGAAAUGCAGCUUGAGUCUAUUAUCUUUGAUAUUUAUUUUCUACCUGCUGCGUUCAUUCAUAUUUUUAUUUACUUUCUCUCAUAAUUUCGAGUGAGGUGGAAGCUCAGUGUGUGUGUGUGUGUGCGUGUGUGUGUGUGUGUGUGUGUGUGUGUGUGUGUGUGUGUGUGUGUGUGUGUGUGUUUUGAGCCUGUGGGCGUUUAACAAACAAACUAACAAGAUUGCCCUCAGUGCCCUCCCUACUGUGUGACCUUUGCACUUGGUUCUGCUCCCUCAGUUCAGCCUCCUCUGGAUGCUCACUGGAGUCUGCUUGACAGAUUUCAGUGAAACUGUUUGAUUGGUGAUUGGAGGUCGACCUGCUUUUCCUGCCUGGAUUCCUUUUUGUUUGGACCUUUGGACACUUGUAGUCAGCGAUACGCUCAUGAUUUCUCUUGGAUUCACUUCUAUUGGCUUGUAGAAAUAACACAGUGCCUUUAUGCCGCUGCGCUUCUGACUCCAUUUUGUCUCGUUAAGUGUUCAACUACACAGAGAAGAAACGUGAUGGACUCUGCUGUUAGAGUGUUUUUGUUUUUUAAAUGACAGUUUGUAAGUGCAACAUUUAAGGAUGGAUUUUAUUUUAAAAAGAUCAGUCAUGAGUUAAUUAAGCUAAACGGUAACCCAGACUAUCCAGUACGACUUGUAUUAUUGUCUGUUGUCCACUUUGAAGUAAUCAGGACCAAACUCCUCUUUGUGUCGCCUGCUAUGCCAUGCACGUGAAUACAUUACUCAUGGCUACUGCUGUUUCAGUCUGAUUGUUUUAAGCAUGAUGCCAUUAACCAGAAGUUUUUGGAGCUACUAUAAUGUUCACUGUAUUUUUUAAUUCCACUUUUUAAGCUUUGUUCUUGUUGCCAUUGUAUUUCUGCUGCGUCGCUACAACCCCAUGCUCAAAUGACACCUACGGGAAGACACAUACAUCAAAACACAGCACAUCAGUUAUUGGCAGAGAUGUACGUGUCUGCUACAAACUGUGACCAAAUAUCCUAACACCAACCUCCCCUGAUCUACAACCAUUUUAAACGUUAUAACUAAAUAUAACUAUCACUUUUAAACAUGGUCAUUUUACCGUCCUGGUAUAACCCAUGUGGGAUCCAUCAUUGUGCAUCAGCGAAAGGUUAUUUUGAGAUUAAUGUAUAAAAUAUCAUUUGCAUUGUUAUUUUCAAUCCCAGGAGUUGCAUAUCAUAGCUUUAUCUUCCAGUUCUUGACCCUUUCAGUACAACAAUACAUGCUCAACCUGUAAAUCAAGAAGGCUUUUUACGGGGUUAAAAUAAUAUAAGGAUCAAAGUAAGAAGGACGCUAUUAGUUAUUCUCAUGUUAUUCUCAUUAAUGGGAUACGGCCUUAAACCUACUUCUCUGGCUCGAUAUGGUUCUUCCUUUCACAAGAGCACCCUCUGUCUGUACUGACUGCCUCAUAAAAUAUCAAAUGGACAAACAUUUGAAUGUGUUUAAUGGUUUAUCUCUGGUUUGAUUUUCAAACUGAUAAAGAGUGCAGUGCUCACACAUUAAUCUUCCUGACACCUAACUACCUGUCUGAGUAUUUUACUGUAAGGUGUUGAUAGCUAGAUAGAGAUAUUACAAUUGGAAAAAGGGUCAGUAUUGACUCUUCUCUAAGAUGCUGAGCACGCCCUUCUUCUGUUCAAAUAGAAGCCUAUUUAAGAUUGCCAUUUCUUUUUAAAAUGUUUACAAUAUAAUUUGUUUUGUGGCUGAUCUCUAUCUGAGUUAAAGAAACUACUGAUUAAACUGCACUGGUGUGAAUGCAAAGGGACAUUUUGCAGCAAAGCCACAGAACAAGUCCUUUGUGUUUGAUACAGGAGUGACCCUAUGUAAGAUAUUACACUGUUAUUACGGAUAUUUUUGUAAUUUCUUUGACAGACACACACACAGUGACAUUCUGAAGGACCGGUCAUGAUAUUGGUUUGUUUUUCACAGUGUUUGCCUUAUUUUGUGCUUUCUUUCUAAAUCUGAAACAUUUCUGUGUUUUCUGCAGUCAGCUACGCUUUCAAAUUAAAAAGACAAUUUGUUCACCUUACUGUCAACGACUGCUCACCUCAAGUAGGUCAUUACAUCAGUACCUUAAAUGGCUACUGUCCAACCUAUGUCCUCAUUAAUUAUGGAAAAAUAUAAAAUACACUUUGGUUAUACUUAUGUUAACCUCAAUGGUCGUCAUCUCAUCUGAUUGCUACAAGUUAGCUGGCUAACAUGACCUGAUACAGAAACAAUGUUACGUACACUAAUGAUGUGUCGAGCAUUUAGCUUGACUGAACUCAUGAAGGUGUUAUAGACUGUAAACAUGUAAUAAGUUGUUGAGUUUUUUUCUUUCCUCUUUAAUACAAAAUGCCUUUGCUUUCUUUUUUCAAGUCUGUGGUUGAUUUUAUUAAAUUACUGUGUGAAGCA